AUGCGGUCCCCGGCCAUGGCUGCUCUGAUGCGGUACGCUGGACUUCCUGGUCUCCUGAAAUUAAAGCUGUCAGACAGCGGGCGCGGAGGCUGGCAAGAGGGAUCACUGGGUGGCCGGAGAGGUACUAUGGGGACCGGACGUCCUUUGACGGAAAGCUGUUCCUCCCAUCCCGCCCGUGUGGGUGCUCGGGCCAGCGGUGCCGCAUCAACUCCAUACGUACAAUCAUGUCCAUCCCCGCAUGCAUACAAGCUGCCAUACAUAAGCAGCGGGAGCAUCAUCGGAAGCUAUACACGCAUUUGGUUGCAUGUCUUCGAACAGCUGGAGGAGGUGGUGGUGGAGGAUCGGGUGGUGGCGGAGGCAGUGGCGGCGGCGGCGAUGGGGGCGGCGGCGGAGGUGGUGGAGGAGGCGGAGACGGAGGAGGAUACUGAAAGAACCAGGGAAAGACUUCCUGUGAUGUCGGAUGUACGCGAUAGCGUCAAUGAAGCGAAGAACACGCACAACCACGCUAGCCUAGCCUCACCGCCUCGGGAAGCAUCCUUUGACGGCCGUUUCUUCCCUGGGUGUGUACACGGAAGGCAGGCCAGGGCGAAAGUGAGAAUAGCUAGCAAGAUGGGCAACUGCGUAUCUGUAAGUCUACCCCAUUCUCUCAGCCAUGACUUAUGUCCGCGAGCCCUGACGAAAGCUGAUCAGUAUCAGUCGAAACCCCGUGGUCGUGGUCACAGCAGCGGAGCAUCCUACAUAGGUGAUGGUGGUGGCGGUGGCGGCACUGCUGGGAGCGGCGGUGACGGAGGAGGGGGCGGCGGGGGCGGUGGGGAUGGUGGAGGAGGAGGAGGCGGAGGCGGUGGCGGAGGGGGAGGAGGGGGAGAGGAUGGGGAUCUUGAGCCCCUAUGGAAUGAUUCCGGUGCAGCCCUCGAUGCGCAUGAUCUCAACUUUGCUGGCCUUCUAGAGUAUGGUCAAGUACGUCUCCGACCGGCAGAGCCGCAGUCUGCGCCUGAUCCCUUGUGUCUCUACCGCGAUAGAGCGGCGGGCCCGGUGGUCGGGUAUCCAAUAUCAUCACACAGGGGUAACAAGCGAGCCUGCAAGCGGGACGUGAAAGUGAAUUGCCGGCAAAGCCGCGAACAUCCUUUACUGUUCUCAGUGACCGGACAUUGUGUCCUCGCUUGUAAUUUGCUCCGCCGGCGGUCGGCCCGUGGAGAUGAGCCCGCGAAAGAGCCGGCUGCAGGCCUUCGAGACGACUGUGCAACAUCUGGCGUGCUGUUCCACACCGCUCAUCCCAUAUCUCCGACCUUAUCACUCCACUUCGUCACCUACCCACAUAACCCUAUCAUCAUGUCAAUGUCCACCAUCUUCUACGAGGGCGUCUGGGACUGCGCUUGGAAUGUCCAACUCUUCAACGUGCCCUGGGCUACGACCAUCGGAAGGGCGCUCGGAGUGGCUAAGGCUCUGCCUCAUACCUGCGGUCGAUACCCUGAGCAUACCUGCACGCUCUCCGCGUCUAAUCUAAGCGUCGACGAGCCGGAGGGAACCGCCGAUAAGAAGAUGGAUUGGGGUGCCGCCCAGGAUCUGGCGAGGACGACCGCCGCCUCUAACGCCUAG